AUGCACCCCUCCCAAAAAAACCUUGACAUAGUGGCCCUGCAGACGACUCCAGAAGCGCAGCGGUCAGCAUGCCGGGUCUCCGCGGCGGACGUGGCUGCCGCUCUCCUUCGUCUCUGGAGCGAGUACGACGCAUCCUCUAAAAAGCUACUUGUGCUGACCAACAACAAAGAAAUCGGCGACGCCCCAGGGCCUGCCCGUGGUUUGUACCAGCUCCGAACGGCCCUACAGAUUUUCCAGUCGCUCGCUCGCGACAGCGUGCAGCCAACGACCUUUUUCAAUCAAGCGCGGAGAACCAUUGAAAUAUACGUCGAAGUCUGCCCUCAGGCCAGCAGCAACGACAUUGGCCAAGCCACGACGCUGGCCCUCAACAGUCAAGACGCAUUUGAAAAGGCGGCCCGGGACGUCAAUGCUUGGUGUUCUGAAGCGACUGCGUACCUCGGCUAUGGGCGCGACGCCGUCGGCAGCACCGACGACUACGCUGCAGACGUCUCCCACGUCGUCCGAGCCAUGUGCAAGAGCGGUGUUCGCGCGAUGCAGUCAGUCGCGUUGACCUUUGAGAGCUGCACCCGCGAUUUGAGCACUGUGUCUGCCAUCUUCAAUCAGCUCGCCGUGAUGCACGAGCCGGCUACAUCCUGUGCCAUUCAAGUGCGAUCCAGUCGCUCGUCGUCUUCCUACAGCUGCGAUGCGGACACUGCAUUGGCUGAGGCACUGCGUUUGCAUGCGACGCGCGUCAAUGCGGUGGUAGAGCGCGUGAAUGCGGUGGUAGAGCGCGUGAAAGAGGCCCUUGAUCAACUGCGCAAGACGCAAGUCAUUGCCCUUCUCGACGCUUUUCUGAGGCACCCGAUGGCCCUCGACCAACUGGACACGCGGACGCUGAACGCCAUCCUUUUUGCCGUCGACGGCCUCGUCAAUGAAUGCCGCUUGUUUAUGAACGACUACAAUGGAGUCAUUUACACGGAAUAA